CGAACCCACGCCAGACCCACGCCCCACGAGAUCUUGCCAGCCAGAAUGAGCUACUACGGCCAAGCACCGACCUCACAACAGCAACAGGCUGCACACUCAUAUAACUAUGGUCAGGCGGCUGUACAGGCUGCAGUGCAGGCUUCGACGUACGGCGCACCAGCGCAACCGGAUGCCGCAGCUCAACAGUACUAUCAAGCCCCUCAGCAACAGUACGCAGGAUACCCCCAAGGACAGUGGCCGGCUGCGGACGGAACUCAGUAUCAGGCAACGCAAGUAGCUGGGACUCCGACGUAUUCUUACCAGCCCGGAGCCGGAUACCCAACGCCAGCGGCACCGGCACCAGCGUACGGGAAUCAAUACGGAGUGGCUCAGCCUUACAAUCCCGCUGCCCCGUCCGCAUAUCCUUCCUCAUAUGCGGGGGCGGGUUAUCAACAGUCACCUCAACAGCCUGCCGGAGCUCAGCCUUACUCAGCUAAUCCUCAAUAUUAUCCUCAAGUUCCACCUCAACAGCACAAUCCACAAACUUCCUUGCCGGCGGCGCCUCCAGCAAACUCUUCGACUUUCGGCCAACAACCUCCAAGCGGUGGAACGAAUCAUAGAAACGACUACGGAAAUGGUGAUUAUCGAGGAGGUAGGGGUCGCGGUGGUGGUGGAAGGGGGGGCAUGAAUCGAAGGGAGGAUCGUUUCAUGGGCCCAGACCGCCCGCCCUUUGGCGCGCCUAGAGCAGGAGACAUGAACGGCUUAUAUGGUCCUCCAAGAGAUGAUCAUCGCCGAGACCGAGACCGAGACUAUCGAGGUGGUCGAGACAUGGGCGGGCCGAAUUACCGAGAUGACAGAGACCGAUACGGCGGUGGCGGCGGCUACUAUGAUGGCCCUCGGGGUGGCAGGGGAGGGUUUCGAGGUGGCCGUGAGGGCUAUAUGGAUCGAUAUGAUGACAGAGACUACAGAGGUCCAUCAGGCGGAAGACGCGGCGGGUAUAGGGACGGGCCGUUUGACGAUCGCCGUGGGGACGGUUGGUCGGACAGGCGCGGAGGGUUUGGUGAUCAUGGGCGCGGCGGAAACAAAAGACGGAGCGAACGGGACCACGUCGCAAAUAAGCGUCGCAAAACGGAUGUUCAUGAUCCAGCUGAGGGCGGAGAUCUGGAUCUAGACGAAGAUUCUCAGAAUGCGCCCGUUCUUGAGGGUGAACGUGGCUUGACGGUGACCGAGGAUGGGUUCGAGGGCUACUACAAGAAGACGUUCACCGAGGAUCCUUGGGCGGAUUUGAUGCCGGAGGAGCAUCCAGUCUUUUGAGAGGGGGGCGUAUUGAUGCAUACGAGCGUCUACGAAACGGGUGGCAGGAUUGGGGCGCUCAACGUGAUGCACUUGUUUAUGUCGGAACAACAUGUUCGGCGCAGGAUGGAGGAGAGCACUUGUUGGUCCAAAUACGUGGUGUUGCUGACUUCCAUAGUGCCUUAGGCCGUAGGAGCAGCGACUCACCCCCAUAUACUGAACUCAGAUACUUAUGUAUUGUUUUACUGG